AUGCUGAACGAAUCAGUAGAACUCGUACCAGUACCAAACACGAUGAAAAUACAUCAGAUUAUUAACAAUGUUGACUCAGCUAACUCUAUUUCCUACCGUUGUUUAUGUUGCUUCUGCGAAAAGAGUAGACCAGGUUUUUGCGACUGUCUCAAUCUGAAAUCUGCGGACUUGCAAACAGAAAUGUUAAAUGAAAAAUCUAUUCCGUCUAAAACGUCUAUAACAGUAUUAGCUGACAUUAAAAAUACUCAAGAAAACAGGUCUUAUUUUAAUUUGAGACAAUAUGGACCAUUCAAUUUAAAACAAAUAAACCUCAAAACAGACAUUGCUCGCAAAAGUUUGAAAGAAAAUUCUCAUGACAGAAUGAAGAAAUGUUCAAAGAAAAGAAAAAUAAAAGACAUACACCUUAAAACAAAUAAGAAACUUAAAACGGAAGAGGAGAGCAGUACAGACGAAGAUAUGACGAUUUCUGUGCAUGAUACUUCUGAUGAAGAGUAUCACAUUACAGAUGAUAUCUUAUCAGAUGAUGAUUAUCUGGAUCAUAUGGAUUAUCAAUUGAAAGAACAGAAGAACGUUACAAAUUUAAGAAAAAUAUCAGACACAAGUAAAAUAGAGAGAGAAAAAAUAGAACAAUCAAGCCAUGAAGAUAAAAAAAAUACAUACACUAGUAAAGAAACAAGAGAAAUAAACAUUUUUUCUAAUGAAAAUCAGGGAGUAGUUAAAACAAAUUUAGCUGGACAAUCUGUGAUUGCUACGACUCUGCAGGAUGAUGAAAAUAACUUUGACAAUGCAAAUAAUGACUCGGAAGUGACAUCAAAAAUUAAUACAGACAUAUGGAGGCUAUCUUUCAAAGACACUGUACUUUUAAGAGGGGCAGAAGGAACCAUCACGUAUGUAAUAUGUAUAAUUAUCAGUCGUUGGCGAGAUCGCAUCAAGAUGCCCGUUCCAGACAGAGCCGGCUUGAAAAUUGUUCACAUCGAUGUAAAAGACAUACGAUUCCCGACGUCGCUUGGAGGACACGGGUCUGAUGCUUUGCACACCGAUCCUAAUUACUCCUGCGCUUACGUUACGAUCACAUCAGAAAACGGCAAGCAAGGAUAUGGAUUAACAUUCACAUGUGGCCGUGGCACCGAAGUGGUGGUGUUUACUGUCAGAGCUUUGAAAAAAUUUAUACUAGGCAAAAAUGCCGCAGAUAUAUUUGCUGACUUCGCUGGCUUUUGGCGCGCUAUUACAAAUGACUCACAGAUGCGAUGGAUUGGACCUGAGAAAGGAGCUGUACACUUAGCUGUCGCUGCUAUACUGAAUUCCCUUUGGGAUCUUUGGGCUAGACUGGAGAACAAGCCUUUGUGGAGACUCCUAGUGGAUAUGGAGCCUGAGGAGUUGGUGUCUACUAUUGAUUUUCGUUACAUAACUGAUGUUAUCACUAAGGAAGAAGCUAUAAAGCUACUGAAAUCCAAACAGGCGAGUAAAAUAGAGAGAGUGAAAUAUUUGUUGGAAAAUGGAUACCCAGCUUACACUACUCAAGUUGGCUGGCUGGGCUACAGCGAUGAAUUAGUAAAACAACUGUGCAAUAAAUACCUCAACUUAGGCUUCACACAUUUCAAAGUCAAAGUCGGUCUCAACUUGGAAGACGACUACCGACGAUGCAGCGCGGUACGGAAACAUAUCGGCGAGGACAAAUUUUUGAUGGUUGACGCAAAUCAAGCUUGGGGCGUUAAUGAAGCGAUUGAAUGGAUGAAGAAACUGGCACCACUCAAACCCAUGUGGAUCGAGGAACCAACGUCACCUGAUGAUGUAUUAGGGCACGCUGCUAUUUCUAAAGCAUUGAAACCUUACGGCAUUGGUGUGGCUACGGGUGAAAUGUGCGCUAACCGCGUAAUGUUCAAACAGUUUCUUCAAAGCGGAGGCAUGCAGUUUUGCCAGAUUGAUUCCGCACGAAUUGGCGGCAUUAAUGAAAUAUUGGCUGUCUACUUGAUGGCUGAGAAACUCAAUGUAAAGGUGUGUCCCCACGCCGGGGGAGUAGGCCUGUGUGAAAUGGUACAACACUUACAGUACUGGGACUUCGCGAGUCUGUCCGGCACUAUGGAAGGUCGUCUUAUCGAGUAUGUGGACCAACAACAUGAACAUUUCUACGACCCCUGCGUAGUGGAGAAUGCGAGAUAUCUUGCACCCAAAUUACCCGGAUACAGCACGCAAUUUCUACCGGAGACAUUACAAAAGUAUGCUUACCCCAAUGGCAGCGAGUGGCAGCGAAUGUUCAAGGAGGGAUUAUUUUCGCCGCCCGAUGAAGCUGAACUAGCAAAUGCUUGA